GGAAAAGUCCGGAUGUUCUUUGUUUAAAACUCUCGUGGACUGGUAUAUAUUGUGAUAUUUUGAAAUACUACACACUUAUCGCGCUCUCGGUCAGUGGACGGUCAAGGAUUAAAGUGUUUGCUUUAUUUAUUCGAAUAUUUCUUUUCAAUUCAGUCAUUUAGUAAUAUGUCGAAAGAAAAUGGUCCAUCUGGGGAUACAGAUGACGUAAUAGUAGUGAAUAAAGAUGAUGAAGUGAAAUUAAAACGUUCUAUUGGUCUUGUAACCAGUAUUACUAUUAUUGUUGGAUCAAUGAUUGGAUCUGGUAUAUUUGUUAGUCCUACAGGUAUACUAAAAAAUGUCAAAAGUAUUGGAGCUAGUCUUGUCAUAUGGGUUGCUUGUGGUAUCUUCAGUAUGCUUGGUGCAUAUUGUUAUGCAGAACUUGGUACAAUCAUUGAAAGAUCUGGUGGUGAUUACAUCUAUGUCUAUGAAGCAUUUGGUCCAUUUUUUGGCUUUUUACGUUUAUGGGUAGAAGUAAUGGUUGUUCGACCAGUGUCUAUUGCUAUUGUAGCUCUGACAUUUUCAGAAUAUGUAUUACAACCUGUAUAUCCAGAUUGUGAAAUACCCAUUAUUUUAUUGAGAAUUUUAGCAGCUUUAUGUAUCACAUUUUUAAGUUUUGUCAAUGCUUUCUCUAUCAAAAUAUCAACACGUAUACAAGAUAUAUUUACAUUUGCUAAACUAGCAGCUUUGGUUAUGAUUAUUGUAACUGGAUGUGUACAAAUUGGAUUAGGUCGUUAUGAUGGUUUAAGAGAUCCAUUUGAAGAUUCUGAUUGGAGUCCUGGUCUAAUAGCCAAUGCAUUCUACAGUGGUUUAUUUGCUUAUUCUGGAUGGAAUUAUUUAAACUGUAUGAUUGAAGAGAUGAAAAAUCCAAGAAAACAUUUGCCUAUAGCAAUUAUUGUCUCUUGUAUCCUGGUGACUGCAUUUUAUACAUUUGCUAACGUGGCAUAUGCAACUGUUGUACCAGUUGCUGAAAUUUUGAGUACAAGAGCAGUGGCUGUGACAUUUGCAGUAAGAAUCUACGGUGUAAUGUGGUGGAUAAUGCCAAUAUUUGUGGCUUGUUCAACAUUCGGCGGUGCCAACGGAACUGUGUUGACUACAUCAAGAAUAUUUUUUGUUGCUAGUCAAGUUAAUCAAAUGCCAGGCUUCUUCAGUUAUUUACACGCUAGUCGAUUGACACCAAUUCCAGCAGUUAUAUUCACUUGUAUAAUGUCUUUAGUUUAUCUACUCUCUGGAGAUAUAUUCGCUUUAAUCAAUUAUAUGGGAUUUGUUCAAUGGUUAGCUAUUGGUCUAUGCGUUCUCAUUGUAAUAAUCUUUAGAUUUACACGUCCUAAAGUUCCACGUCCAGUUAAAGCGCCAAUAGUAUUUGCCUAUAUCUACGUACUAGUUACUCUGUUUUUGAUCAUUUUCGCUUUUGUUGGAUCACCUCAAGAGUCAUUAUAUGGUGUAUUAAUCAUUCUAACUGGUAUACCAGUUUACAUAGUUGGCUGUGCAUGGACAAAAAAACCGAAGUCGUUUAAUCAAAAAAUGGCGGCAUUAACUGUUGGUUUACAAAAACUUUUACGAAUUGUUCCAACAAAACAAAUGUAAAGAAAUACAAAGAAAACAAAUCACCAUGAAUAAGAUCAAAUGUAAUGAGAUGAGAUAAGAUGAGUUGAAAGAUAACUCGACUAGAGUUCAUUCAAAUUCAAAACUGUUAUUUUUUCAUUUUAUUUUUCAAAUUUAUUCAUUGUUCUACAGUAUAUAUAUAUAUAUAUAUAUAUGAAUUCUUAGAAUAAUAUAAAUCAACUUGUGUAGACAUCAGGAUACCAGUACAAUGAAUGCACAUCAGAAUAUAAUUAACUGAUACGAUCUUUCUUUUUCGUCAACCAGCUCCCCUGUUUUAUUCUUUCAUUAUAACCUAUUCUUUGGUUCAUUUUGUAUGUCUCUUGUAUGCACUGAGACUACAGCAGGUCAUGAAAAGAGAGUGAGAGAGACAUAAGGGAGAGGAGAAACUCACCUCUCAGGGUUACUAUGCUUGAGUUUUUAUAAACGAGACUGUUCACCGUCAUAUUCAUCCUUUCAAUCUCUAACUUGCCUCUUUUCCCAACACACAUGUUCACUCACUUUUGUUUUGGUUGAGAUUUCAUUGUAUUUUUUGUCUUUGCAUAUAUCAAUGGAACACAUUCUGGUUUUAGUUUUCUUUGUGUGUGUGUGUGUGUAUUGCUCUCCUGUUUUGUUAUGUAAUUAUGAGUGCUUCAAUAUCACUGUGUUAUAUUUAUGCAUAUAUACACAUACAUAAUGCAAUACGUAUUAACUCUAAGUGUGUAUCUGAAUGGUUGUGGGUUUGUGGAAAAUUUGUUCAGUAUAUCGAUUCUGUUUUGUAGCUGCUGAAGAAAAUUUUUUUUUUGUUGGUGGUGGUUAGUUUUGUUAUGCUUCUUUUGUAUAAUUAAUUAUUGUGUUUCCCCUUUUUUAUGUCUUGAAAAUAAAUACUACAAUUAUUAAUGUCUAAUAAAGUAAAUACAGUUGGAGAACUGUU